UGUACUGUAUGAAGGCGAGGGCUGGAAAGGGGCCUGCUUGCAGGAAUACCCAGUCAUCUAGUUGGAAAAGCCGCCAGAUGGAAUACAAAAGGAGAAACCCAGACGCUCAUGGAGACAGACUCGGUUCAUAAAUCAGGCGGGGCGAGGGGCUGGGGGCCCGCACGCCAUGGAGCCCGACUCCCUCCUGGACCAAGACGACUCCUACGAGUCGCCCCAAGAAAGGCCGGGCUCCCGGCGCAGCCUGCCCGGCAGUCUCUCCGAGAAGAGCCCCAGCAUGGAGCCCUCGGCUGCUACACCGUUCCGGGUCACGGGCUUUCUCAGCCGCCGCCUCAAGGGCUCCAUCAAGCGCACCAAGAGCCAGCCCAAGCUGGACCGCAACCACAGCUUCCGCCACAUCCUGCCGGGGUUCCGGAGCGCCGCCGCUGCCGCCGCCACCUCCGCCGCCGCGGACAAUGAGAGGUCCCAUCUGAUGCCGAGGCUGAAGGAGUCUCGCUCCCACGAGUCCCUGCUCAGCCCCAGCAGUGCGGUGGAAGCGCUGGACCUCAGCAUGGAGGAGGAGGUGGUCAUCAAGCCUGUGCACAGCAGCAUCCUAGGCCAGGACUACUGCUUCGAGGUUACGACAUCAUCAGGAAGCAAAUGCUUUUCCUGCCGGUCAGCAGCCGAGAGGGAUAAGUGGAUGGAGAAUCUGCGGCGAGCGGUGCACCCCAACAAGGACAACAGCCGGCGUGUGGAGCACAUCCUGAAGCUGUGGGUGAUCGAGGCCAAGGACCUGCCAGCCAAGAAGAAGUACCUUUGCGAGCUGUGCCUGGAUGACGUGCUCUAUGCCCGCACCACGGGCAAGCUCAAGACGGACAAUGUCUUCUGGGGCGAGCACUUCGAGUUCCACAACCUGCCGCCCCUGCGCACAGUCACCGUCCACCUGUACCGGGAGACUGACAAGAAGAAGAAGAAGGAGCGCAACAGUUACCUGGGCCUCGUGAGCCUGCCCGCCGCCUCGGUGGCUGGGCGGCAGUUUGUGGAGAAGUGGUACCCGGUGGUAACGCCCAACCCCAAGGGCGGCAAGGGUCCUGGGCCCAUGAUCCGCAUCAAGGCACGCUACCAGACUAUCACCAUCCUGCCCAUGGAGAUGUACAAGGAGUUUGCCGAGCACAUCACCAACCACUACCUGGGGCUGUGUGCAGCCCUCGAGCCCAUCCUCAGUGCCAAGACCAAGGAGGAGAUGGCGUCCGCCCUGGUGCACAUUCUGCAGAGCACGGGCAAGGUGAAGGACUUUCUGACAGACCUGAUGAUGUCAGAGGUGGACCGCUGUGGUGACAACGAGCACCUCAUCUUCCGGGAGAAUACACUGGCCACCAAGGCCAUUGAGGAGUACCUCAAGUUGGUGGGCCAGAAGUACCUACAGGAUGCCCUAGGCGAGUUCAUCAAAGCUCUCUACGAGUCAGACGAGAACUGCGAGGUGGACCCAAGCAAGUGCUCGGCCGCUGACCUCCCUGAGCAUCAGGGCAACCUCAAGAUGUGCUGUGAGCUGGCCUUCUGCAAGAUCAUCAACUCCUACUGUGUGUUCCCACGGGAGCUGAAAGAGGUGUUUGCCUCGUGGCGGCAGGAGUGCAGCAGCCGUGGCCGGCCCGACAUCAGCGAGCGGCUCAUCAGCGCCUCCCUCUUCCUGCGCUUCCUCUGCCCCGCCAUCAUGUCGCCCUCACUCUUCAACCUGCUGCAGGAGUACCCCGACGACCGCACUGCCCGCACCCUCACCCUCAUCGCCAAGGUCACCCAGAACCUAGCCAACUUCGCCAAGUUUGGCAGCAAGGAGGAGUACAUGUCCUUCAUGAACCAGUUUCUGGAGCACGAGUGGACCAACAUGCAGCGCUUCCUGCUGGAGAUCUCCAACCCUGAGACCAUCUCCAACACUGCUGGCUUUGAGGGCUACAUCGACCUGGGCCGCGAGCUCUCCAGCCUACACUCGCUGCUCUGGGAAGCUAUCAGCCAGCUGGAGCAGAGCAUUGUGUCCAAACUGGGACCCCUGCCUCGGAUCCUGAGGGAUGUCCACACAGCACUGAGCACCCCAGGCAGUGGGCAGCUCGCGGGGACCAACGACCUGGCCUCCACGCCAGGCUCCGGCAGCAGCAGCAUCUCGGCAGGGCUACAGAAGAUGGUGAUUGAGAACGAUCUCUCUGGUCUGAUAGAUUUCACCCGGUUACCGUCUCCAACCCCCGAAAACAAGGACUUGUUUUUUGUCACAAGGUCCUCCGGGGUCCAGCCCUCACCUGCCCGCAGCUCGAGUUACUCAGAAGCCAACGAGCCUGACCUUCAGAUGGCCAACGGUGGCAAAAGCCUGUCCAUGGUGGACCUCCAGGACACCCGCACGCUGGACGGGGAGGCGGGCUCUCCGGUGGGCCCCGACGUCCUCCCCACCGAAGGACAGGCAUCUGCAACACAGCUGGUGGCUGGGUGGCCUGCCCGGGCAGCUCCAGCGAGCCUGGCAGGGCUGGCCACUGUGCGGCGUGCAGGCCAGACACCGACCACGCCGGGCACCUCUGAGGGCGCGCCAGGCCGGCCCCCACUGCUGGCGCCACUCUCCUUCCAGAACCCCGUGUACCAGAUGGCGGCUGGCCUGCCACUGUCACCCCGUGGUCUCGGCGACUCGGGCUCUGAGGGCCACAGCUCCCUGAGCUCCCACAGCAACAGUGAGGAGUUGGCGGCCGCUGCCAAGCUGGGAAGUUUCAGCAGCGCUGCAGAGGAGCUGGCAAGGCGGCCCGGCGAGCUGGCGCGGCGGCAGAUGUCACUGACUGAAAAGGGCGGACAGCCCACGGUGCCACGGCAGAACAGUGCUGGCCCCCAGCGGAGGAUUGACCAGCCACCACCCCCACCCCCACCGCCACCUCCUGCCCCCCGUGGCCGGACACCUCCCACUCUGCUGAGCACCCUGCAGUACCCACGGCCCUCGAGCGGGACCCUGGCAUCAGCUUCGCCUGACUGGGCUGGCCCUGGUGCCCGGCUGCGGCAGCAGUCCUCCUCCUCUAAGGGGGACAGCCCAGAGCUGAAGCCACGGGCCGUGCACAAGCAGGGCCCUUCACCUGUGAGCCCCAAUGCCCUGGACCGCACGGCUGCUUGGCUCUUGACCAUGAACGCGCAGUUGUUAGAAGACGAGGGCCUGGGCCCAGACCCCCCCCACAGGGAUAGGCUAAGGAGUAAGGAGGAGCUCAGCCAAGCAGAAAAGGACCUGGCAGUGCUGCAGGACAAGCUGCGCAUCUCCACCAAGAAGCUGGAGGAGUAUGAGACCCUGUUCAAGUGCCAGGAAGAGACGACGCAGAAGCUGGUGCUGGAGUACCAGGCGCGGCUAGAGGAGGGUGAGGAGCGGCUGCGGCGGCAGCAGGAGGACAAGGACAUCCAGAUGAAGGGCAUCAUCAGCAGGUUGAUGUCGGUGGAGGAGGAGCUGAAGAAGGACCACGCAGAGAUGCAAGCGGCUGUGGACUCUAAACAGAAGAUCAUCGAUGCCCAGGAGAAACGCAUCGCCUCCCUGGACGCCGCCAAUGCCCGCCUCAUGAGUGCCCUGACGCAGCUGAAAGAGAGGUACAGCAUGCAAGCCCGUAACGGCAUCUCCCCCACCAACCCCACCAAAUUGCAGAUUACCGAGAACGGCGAGUUCAGGAACAGCAGCAAUUGUUAACCUGCCCGAGGAGAGGGGCGCUGUGGUGGCCAAGGGCAGGGUCUCGGCGGGGGAGGCGCCCCACAGUCGCAGCCCCAGCGUGGGUGGCAGGAGCCCGAGGCACACCUCCCCUCCCCUCCGCCCGCCGUGCAGGAGGCGGGCCACAGAGGGCGCCGCGAGAGACUGAUGCAGCGUGAGGCGGGGUCCGCAGCCGCCACCCCCCUUCGCCUGGGAAGCGUGUUCGGUGCAGGCAGAAGAGACUGCACGCUGGGAGUGGGGACGGGCUGGUGGAAGCAGGGGCCUGCCACAAACAUGUCUGUGGAUUAUUGAAUUUGGUGUGCGUCACCUUUUCCUCCUUGACCUGGGAAGUGCAUGUACCCCACCCUCGCCAGGGAGGGAGCUGCCUGGAGAGGGGACGAUGAAAGGGCUGGGGACCUGCUCCUGUGGCUUUCCCGCACCUCCUCGGGGCCCAGGACUCCCUGGCUGCCAGGCCCUACCUUGUGGGACCUGGAACCUGACGAGUUUAUUGGCAGGCAGGGGGAUGGUGGGAGGACACAGAGGCAGGAGUUUGAUGUCCCCUGCGUGUCGUCACCCUGAGCACCCGCCAUUGCAUGUGGCCUGUCGGGGACCCUUCCUGGCUGUGAGGAACUGAGGAUUCAUCCCCCCUUCCCCUGUACCUGUCCCAGACCGCCCACCUUCCACCUCCUUCCCUUCCUUUGUUGUAUUACCAAAUGGACCCAGUGAAGAUCGUAGCUUUUUCUUCCGGGCUCUCAUACCUGUGGGGAGGAUCCUAGCCCCCCACACUGCCACACGGCCCAGGCUGGUGCUCUGGGGCUCGCAGACGCCAAAGAUUUGGGCAGAGCCAACCAGAGAGCUCUCCAUUGUCCCUGCCUUCUCCUGGGGCCUAGUGCAUCCAGGCCACAGUGGUCUGGUAGGGAGUGGCCGGCUGGUGCUGAUCUGAGAGAAAGGUGAUCUCUUCUCUGAUUGAUGGUUUAAAGAAAUUCUGAUGCCUGCAGGCCCUGAGAAGGUGGAUAACUGUGAUUUUUUUUCCUUUCACAGUAUGCAUUAGAAACAAAAGCCCGCUUGCUCGCUUGCUGGAACACAGGGGCCUUUUAAAUUGAGCGUGCGCACUGCAUGGGAAAUAGCAGCCCUGGAGGAUGUUAGACUUGCUCCCUCUCCGAGACAGCAGCAGCCUGCACCAGGCCCCGUGUGUGCGGCCGGCCUCCUCCUCACCCUUCCCGGCCCCAGCGAGGACCAGGCGCUGCAGACAGGGGAGGGGCACACCCGCAGCUGGGGCCGGUUUUCCUCAGCUCUAGGCUGUUCUGUAGCUAAUCUGCCCCUUCCCCCGCUUGUGGGACAUAGAUGGGCAGGAGCUUGGGUCUCUCUUGGCUCCUCUCUGUUCCCACUCUACAGAUCCCAAGCCCUGGCCCUGGGUAACCUAGGGCAGGAGCUGGGGUCUUUGACCAGGCAGCAAAGCCGGGGCUGGGCGAACCACACAAGCCACCUCCUCUGCCCCUGUGGCUGGAAUGUGCCACAGAGGCCCCACCAGAGAGAGUGCUGGUGCUGGAGGGGUGGCCCAGAGCCACACUGCUCCUCUCCUGGCCCGUGGACAGGUGAUGGCAGCUGCUCUGGGAAGGGGCUUUUAGCAGUAACCCUACAGUUCAUUUAGACCAGAGGCAGGUACUGAUGGAGAGAGGAUGGGGCUGCCGAGGGUUGUAGACCCCAGGAAGGAAGGAGGUGGAGGCCGAAGCGCUGCACCACCCCUUCCUGCCCCACUCCUCUGUCCACACCCCUGCGCCUGCGAGUUUCAGAGAAGGGUGGCCAUACAGGCAGGGCCUGGCUCUGGUCAUGUCCUCCUGGUCCAGUCUCGAUCCCCCACUGCCUAGCGAGCCCUGCCCUCCCCACCCCACCCCUCUCCUGCCGAUGCCUCAUAGAGCGACCUCGGACCCGAGCACCUCUUAGCAAUAUUGGGGGGCACAGGGGAGUCCCAGGGCCUAGACGGGAGGAGGGUGCAGAAGCCACCGCUGUGUCUGGCACUGGCAGCCCUUGGCGCCGGGUGUGAGCUCUCAGCCCGAGAGCCUUAUUUACCUAGUGCAAAAACUGUAAAAGUGUACAGACUCUUCACAGAUUUUUAUCUUACUUGCAAGUAUGACAAUUUUUGUAAAUGUUCUUGGUGUUUGACUGUAAUGUAACUAUCUCACCUAACGGUUGUAUAUAGUCCUUUAGUCCUGGUGCUGCCGAGGGCUGGCCGGGACUGCUGCUCUCCCGAUGGUUUUUAUUUUAUUUUUUAAUAUAGAGGACAGUAUCGGCAGGAGGAAGAAGUUUGGGAUCUGGGUGUUUGUGUUUUUUCUCUGACUGUGGCAUUUAUUUGUUGGCUUUGCAGCAUGUUGUCUGGGUGGGUUGAUGGGCCAGUAAAGGGGGGGGGAGGGGCUCCUUUCUGGGUGCUGGAGGGAAAGACUGAAGCUCCGGGGUCCCUGAUCACCGAGACCCAGCCUCUGCUGGAGAAAGUGCCCCCUUUCUGCCAACACAGGAGGCUGACUUUUUUUUUUUGACCAACUUAUGUUCAGGAUGAAGGAAACUGCCAAACCCCCUGUAAGUGAAGGCUUUCCAACUGCCCAGAAAUGGGAGGUGAGGGGCCGGGGCCAGAGCUCCAUGUUCACCCCUCCCCCCCGAGCACCUGCUCCGAGGUACACCUCCCCCUCACACCCCAUCCAUCUGCGGGAGCCAGACUGUCCAGGGAAACAGCCCCUCUUUUCUACACACUCAGACACAAAGUCACCCCAGCCCCCGCACCGCAUCCCAGCCCCCCUUUUGUAAGUAUGUGAAAAGGAAAAAAUGCAGAUGUUGGAGUUUUGGCUGGAGCUCUUCCCUCCAGCUGUGACUAUUACCUGUGUAAUAAUGUACAGAGAGCGUCGUCGGUGUUCUAAGACUCUGUGUGGCUGUGCAAUUUCUGUACAUUUGCAAUUAGAAAUAUUAAAGAUUUAUUUAGCUAUUUUAA